AUCAAAAUCUUAGGUUAUGUUGUUAAAUUGUCAAAUCCACCAAAUAAAUUGUCUAAACAAUAUAAAUAAUGUCUGAGCGAGGUAAAUUCUAUAAUAAAAAGAAGUCGGGUUGGUUAACAUCCAGGGAUCAAAGUUUUGGUAGAGUUUUCAGCAGCAAAUCGGACUCUUUUACGACUUUAAAAAACGAAAAACUAUCGAAAGAAGGCACAAGUUCAGGUUCAGUGCCAAAAGUAAAACAACCAACGAUUUUGUUAAAAGCUAGGGAGCAAAAUGAAGAAGUUAGUGAAUCCCCCAAAAGAACCAAAUCAGAGAAUGAAAACAGUAAUAUUUCUAUAAUACCUUCAGCUGCCAAAGAAACAGAAGGUCAACAUUCCCAAAAAACAAAGCAUAUGAAAAAAUCUGAAAAAUUCCUUGAUGAUGGCAUACUUUUCAAUGAAAGUAUACAAGAGUUUCUGAAAGAUAACUAUGAUUUUCUUGUGGUGGGUGUUGUUGGGGGACAUGGGGUUGGUAAAUCCACAAUUAUGAACCUAUUAGCGGAAAAAAACAUCACUGAUGAAAUAAAAAAAAGCGUUUUUAAGCAAGCUCCAGAAACUGAUGAAUUUGGUGAAUUUACAAAAAAUGAGGAUUGUAGCAAAUAUGGAGAGAUUUUUAAAAUACAGGGUGUUCAUCAUCUUGAAACCAACUCUAAUGCAACACAUGGUAUAGAUUUGUAUGUGUCAUCAAACAGGAUUAUUUAUUUGGAUUGUCAACCUUUUAACUCAAUAUCGGUUUUGGAAGACUUAGUUAAACAUGAGAGUAAACGUACAAAUUUGGUUAGCGAGUUUAUACCUGUGGAAAAUAGUGGCGAAAUUCAAAGUUUACAAAUUACAGCUUUUUUAAUGUCAGUUUGUCAUGUUUUAAUAUUAGUGCAGGAUUGGUUUCUUGACAGCAACGUUAUAAGAUUCCUACAAACAGCUGAAAUGUUAAAACCAACCAUGUCCAACCCAGAGGACGAAUUAUUGGACCAUUUUCCCAACCUACUAUUGGUUCAUAAUAAGGCCCAAUUGGACGAUUUCUCUCCUUGUAAAUUUAAAAAAAUGCAAUCGAUAUACAGGGAACUCUUUGAAAAAAGCAAAAUGCACAUAGAAACCCACAUGGGCAUGGGUUCUGGCCAUGUAAUAAACUACCUGAACCCAUCCAGUUGUGGAAACCCUAUAAACCUAUUUUUAAUACCGGAAAUAGACCCCUACUCAGAUAUAAUUUAUAAUGGUCACCCCCCUUUGGAAACCCUCUUCAAAAAACUAAAAGGCGGCAUUUUGGCAACCACGCGUAUACCCAUAACUCACGUGAGUUUUUCCGAAAAAACAUGGCUUAUUUAUUGUGUUAAAGUUUGGGAAACUGUGAAGAAGAGCUCGUUUUUUGUGGAGUAUACAAAAUUGAUGCCCUGAAGGCUGAAAUAAUACAAAAAAAUGGGAUUGAAAAUGGUAUAUACAAUGAGUGGUUGGUAAAGUUUUAUUUAUUAACUAUAACUAUAAAUAUGUGUAUAUUUGACAAAAAACAAUACUACACAUUAAUAAAAACAAUUGUAAAUAAAAUGAUUUUUUGUUACACUAACAUUGUUAUAGUCGUCGCAGCGAAUGUUUCAAAUUGCGUCAUCAAUGUCGACUGUCAAAAACAGAUUUCUCGACAUGCGGUUAACCUAG